GGGGCCGUCUGGUGAUAAAUUAGGGGAUAAAUGAAAUCCUCCAUCGCCCACACCAUGGGACGAGGCCUCGGUGGUGUCUCCCCAGCUUGGGCCUCGCCGUGGGGAGGCUGCGGGGUCCCACGGGAGGAUGGCGCCCAACCCACGCUCCGUCUCCUCCACAGGGCUCCGCUCCCUGUCGCGGGGGUCCGGGGACAUGGUGGUCCUGCGGGCUGGCCUCUGCCCCGGCCUCACGGAAGAGAUGAUCCAGGUCCUCCGGGCGAACAACGUCAGGACGGUGGUGGACUUUGUGUCGUCAGACCUGGAGGAUGUCUCCCAGAAGUGCUCCCUGUCCUACAAGGCGCUGGUUGCGGUGAGACGUGUGCUGCUGGCCCAGUUCUCGGCCUUCCCUGCCAACGGGGCAGAUCUCUACGAGGAGCUCAAGAGCUCCACGGCCAUCCUGCCCACGGGGAGCCCCAGCCUGGACCAGAUGCUGGACUCGGGGCUGUACACGGGGGAAGUGACCGAGCUGAUGGGCGCCCCGGGCAGCGGGAAGACACAGGUGUGCCUCAGCAUCGCAGCCAGCGUGUCCCUCGGCCUCAAGCAGCACGUCCUGUUCCUGGACUCCACGGGGGGGUUCACCGCCUCCCGCCUCUACCAGAUGCUUCAGGCCCAGGCAGAGGAUGAAGAAGAGCAGCUGGAGGCUCUGCAGCGGAUCCAGGUGGCCCGCGUGUUCGACGUCUAUGAAAUGCUGAGUGCCCUGCAGGAGGUGCGGGACCGCCUCUCCCAGCAGGCGGUGAGCUGCACGGGACCUCUGAAGACGGUGCUGAUCGACUCGGUCUCGGCCGUGAUCCACCCGCUGCUGGGCGGCAGGCAGUCAGAGGGCUUGGCCAUCAUGAUGCAGCUGGCCAGGGAGCUGAAGAUGCUGGCCAAGGAGUUCAGCCUUGCGGUGGUGGUGACUAACCAGGUGACCAGAGACAGCAGCACCGGCCUGCUGAAGCCAGCCCUUGGCCGCUCCUGGAGUUUUGUGCCCAGCACCCGGGUGUUGCUGGAGAGCAAAGGAGCCCCCUGGGAGGAGGUCACCACGCGGCGCAGCGCUUCCUUGGCAAAGUCACCGCGGCAGCCGACAGGGAUGCAGGUGGAGCUGGAUAUUGGAAACAGUGACGUGCAGGAGCCGAGCCCAGCGACACCCACAGAGGGGCUCUGAUGUGGAUGGAAAAGCAAAUGUCAAGGUCCAGGAGAGCCGAAAAAAAAAAACAAACAACAUACAAAUGUUGAAUGUUUUACAUUCAGCCCAUCUGAGUCCUGCAGCCCCAGGGAGGACCAACACCAAGCAGCUCCUGUUCUUCCACACCUGGGAGAAAAUGUACGUGGGGUUCUCUGGAGACCUUACUCAGCACAUACAGGCUGCGGUGGCUGGGCCCUGUGGGCAGCACAGCAAACGGGUCACCUCCUCUGCAGGUUUUGUCUGCAGCCAGCAGAGCUGCCCUGUCUUCAGCUGCUGGCUUGGGACCAGCUGGCAUGUCCCUGUGCAGACCUGCAGCUUGUCACAGUGGCUUCAUUGCCCCCAUCACUUGCUGUCCUCUGGUCGUGGAGCUCUCUUCUUCCUCAGGCAGCCCACAGUGGUCUUGGUUGAGAAAUUAAAAAGGUGUUGCACACUGCUGUGCUAUUCAAGAGCUGGAAAUCAUUUGAUGGUAAAUUCUGUUAAAUUUCAAAUUUCUGAUUGCUCCCUAGCAGAAGUGGGGUGGGAAUGGCGGUUGAUGAACAGGGAUGCGAUCGGGUGCUUGAUCUGACCCCAUAACAACAGUGGGGCCCUGAAGGGAGCCGCCAGUAUUUCUGGGGCACCGUUGUGCUGCUCAGUUCCUGUUGUGGGCAACCUCCUGGGGCGUGUGCAGAGCUGGGGAGGAGAUGAGAGGCUGGGAUGGAGUGUGGCCUCUCUUGACUCCAAAUUUCUAGAUCCCCAUCCUCCUUAUGCUCAAGAGGGGUGCAGGAAACCUUCAGUAAGUGAGCUGAGUUACAGCUUUGAGGCUGCUGAUGCAGGUUGUGGUGGCUGGGACUUGGCAGGGCAUUCUUAUUAAACUAAUGGCAGUGAAAAUAGA